AAUUUGUACAGUAAUAAUAUUUGUUAACAAUAUGAGCUAUAAAUAAACUGACGUACCGCAGUCAUUUGCUCUAACUUCAUGUGCCUUUGAGCAUUCAUCUAUUAGUUCUUGUCAGACUGUGUCACAGGCAAAUUGUGUUUAGCUGAUAACAAUUUAUUUUUAAAACAAAUUAUCAGACAUGAUCCGUUAUCAAAUUUUAGUUUUGUGUGUAAUAAUUAAUUUAUUUGCUAAUAAUGUGAAUUCAGCAAGAAUAUUAGGAGUGUUUCCAGUGCCAUCCAUCAGCCAUCAAGUUGUAUUUCAAGCAUACGCUAAAGAAUUAGCCAAGAAUGGUCAUGAACUAGUUAUUAUUACCCCAAAUCCCCUUAAAGAGAAAAAUGCUAAUAUAACGGAAAUUGAUGUCAGUGCGUCAUAUCAAGAAGUCAAGAAGAUCAUGAAUAAUGAUCCACACAAAAUGUUUAGACGUGGUGUAGUUCAGGAUCCGUCCCCAGAAAUACUGACUGAACUAUACAGUUUUGUAACUCAUAUGUUUAUAGAUCAAUUCAAUCAACCGGCCGUGAAAAAUUUAAUAAAUAAUAAAGAACAUUUUGAUUUAGUAGUGAUUGAAGCAUUCUUGGAAUAUCCAUUAAUAUUUAGUCACUUAUUUAAGGCUCCUACAAUUUUACUGUGCUCUUUCUAUGGCUUUUCCAAAGUUUAUGAUACAGUUGGAGCGGCCACUAGGCAUCCAAUAUUUUAUCCACAUAUUCAAAGGACCAAAUACAGAGAUUACACUUUCUGGGACAGAGUUCGCGAAACUGUUACAGAAUUCAGACUGAUGUAUUCAGAAAGCUUGGUUGAACAGUAUCAGAAUAAAGCAUUGAAAGAUAAUUACGGCCCUGAUGCACCUACUGUGCAUGAUCUGCAAAAUAAUAUAGAUUUACUAUUUUUAAACUCUCAUCCAAUAAUAACUAAUAAUAGACCUGUGCCGUCAAAUGUUGUACACUUAGGUGGUCUCCACCUACAACCAGUAAAAGAGUUGCCACAGGACUUAAAGCAAUAUUUGGACAGAUGUCAUUUAGGUGUAGUUUAUGUAAGUUUUGGCAGUAAUGUAAGACCGGCAAAUAUGGAUGAAGAUUUACUUAACACAUUUUUGACUGCUUUCAAUAAGUUACCAUAUAACAUUCUAUGGAAAUUUGAUGGUGAUAACUUGAAGAAUGUACCGAAAAAUGUUAAAAUACAAAAAUGGUUUCCUCAGAGAGACUUACUAGGACACCCUAACAUCAAAGCAUUCGUGACUCAAGGUGGUCUCCAAUCAUUUGACGAAGCCGUUGACGUUGCCGUCCCUCUGAUUGGUAUACCAAUGAUGAACGACCAAUGGCACAACGUGAACAAAUUCGUUGAGCUCGGGAUUGGAUUAGAACUUGACGCGCUGACCAUGAAUGCUGAUGAUAUUGUUAUUGCUGUUGAAACGGUUAUAAAAAAUGACAGCUUCAAGAAGAACAUGGAGAGAGUUCGCACGAUUUGGUACGACCAGCCGCAGAAACCAAUAGAACGCGCCCUCUGGUGGACUGAAUACGUACUAAGACACGGAGGAGGGCGCCAUCUACGGGCGGCGACAGCAAACGUUACGUGGCGCGAAUACUGGAUGAUCGAUGUUUUAGCUUUUUUGUUGGUAAUUUUUAUAUUAGCUGUGUUUAUUUUGGUGAUAACAGUGAGAAAGGUUCUAAAAUUGUUCGUUGGGAAGAGUAAAGUUAAAGUGAACUGAA